CAAUCAGCUCUGACAACCGAGGAAGGCUGGGUUUGUUGACAGGAACUGUGACUGUGCGUUUGAAAAGCAUAAAGGCUAAAUAAAUAAAACGAGGUUGCGCUUCGGAACGUCGAAAAAUAAACACCGUCGACGUGAAUUAUGACUCUGACGGCCGCCGUCAAGCAAAGAUGCAAUGGAGGUCAAUAGUAGUGGGUCUUCUUGUGCUACGGGUGGCCCUGAACUGCAUCCUGUGGCUCGCUUUUGGACUCGGACCUAGCUGGGGCUUUCACUUCCCGCUCCAGUUCAGCUUCAACCUGCACAAACACACAGAGCCUCCGACAGAUGGAGAGCAGACGACCAACAGCUGGUCGCAGCGUGUGUACGAAAACAGAGAACAUCCAGUAGGAACCUGCUCAAAGAUCAGCGAGAACACACCUAAGAAAGCAUACCUUAGCUUCUUUAAGGCCAGCAGAGACGAGUACGAUAGGAAGUAUGGCUCUUUUCCUGACACCCUCAAGAUUCAAAUGAAGGAAAUGGCCAGGGACAUGUUCUACUUCGGUUAUGACAACUACAUGAAAUACGCCUUUCCUGAAGACGAGCUUAAUCCUAUCGACUGUGAGGGCAGAGGUCCAGAUGUCCUAAACCCGUCGAACAUCAACAUCAAUGACGUCCUUGGCAACUACUCCCUGACACUAAUUGACACUCUUGAUACACUAUUGGUGCUUGGGAACGUGUCGGAGUUUCAUCGCGCUGUCAAGCUGGUUAUUGACACUGUGAGCUUUGACAAGGAUUCCACAGUGCAAGUGUUUGAGGCCAACAUCAGAAUCCUGGGCAGUCUAAUCUCGGCUCACAUUCUUCUGACCGAUCCCUGGCACCCGUUCGGAGACGUGGGGCUGGAAGAUUACGAUAACGAGCUGCUACAUCUCGCCCAUGACCUGGCUGUGCGGCUGCUACCUGCCUUCGAGAACACCAGCACCGGCAUCCCAUACCCCAGGGUGAAUCUGAAAAGCGGCGUGCCUCCUGACAGCAUAAACGAGACGUGCACAGCAGGCGCAGGCUCUCUUCUAGUUGAGUUUGGCAUCCUAAGCCGUCUGCUUGGCGACUCCACGUUUGAGUGGGUGGCGAGGAGGGCUGUCCGUGCUCUCUGGAACCUGAGGAGCAACCAAACAGGGCUGCUGGGGAACGUGGUGAACAUCCAGACGGGUCAAUGGGUCGGGAAGCAAAGUGGCCUGGGUGCAGGCAUGGACUCCUUCUAUGAAUACCUGCUGAAGUCUUACAUUCUCUUUGGAGAAAAAGAAGACUACAAGAUGUUCAUGGCUGCUUAUGAGAGCAUUCAGAGCCACCUGAGGAGAGGAAGAGAGGCUUGUAAUGAAGGAGAAGGUGACCCUCCCCUUUAUGUAAAUGUGAACAUGUUUAACGGACAGAUCAUGAACACCUGGAUCGACUCUCUCCAGGCGUUUUUUCCUGGCCUACAGGUUUUAAAUGGAGAUGUGGAAAAUGCCAUUUGUCUCCAUGCCUUCUACUAUGCAAUAUGGAGGCGUUUCGGUGCAUUGCCCGAAAGGUACAACUGGCAGCUGCAGGCUCCAGAUGUGCUCUUUUACCCUUUAAGACCUGAGCUAGUUGAGUCUACAUACCUGCUAUACCAGGCCACUAAGAAUCCUUUCUAUUUACAUGUUGGCAUGGACAUACUUCAGAGCCUUGAAAAGAAUACCAAAGUCAAAUGUGGCUAUGCCACACUCCAUCAUGUUGUAGACAAGUCCAAGGAGGACCGCAUGGAGAGUUUCUUCCUCAGUGAGACCUGUAAAUACCUGUACCUGCUCUUUGACGAAGACAACCCUCUGCACAAGUCUGGGACCAAAUACAUUUUCACGACGGAAGGUCACGUAGUGCCCAUAGACCCACACUUUAGGCAGAAAAGCUGGGAAGAACAGGUUCCAUGUAAGGAGUUCAAUAAGGAACCUCCAGCCAACAUCAGCAAUUGCGAGCGGAUCCCUGAAGAGCGGCGCUAUGGUCUUCCCCUGAAGAGUGUGUACAUGAGACAGAUUGAUCACAUGGUUGGCCUUUCGUGACUUCAUCACCAUCAGUUGGAGUUUAGUCCAAAAACUCAGCAGUCUGGAGAGCUUUAGCGGUGUGGCUUUCCAAACUGAGAAUUUUUUUUAUUUUUUAUUUUUUAUGAUGAUGUUUCUUUGCACAAGAACCGCAUAUGAUGCAUUUAACAGCUCAGUGGUCCAGCAUCUUUUCCUUGUGAUGAUUGGUUAGUCUGGUUAAACCUUGACAUCGCUGUGUUCUUUUACAAUGAGACACUUCAGGGGAUGUGAUAUAAAUCGGUACAUUUCCCCCAGUAAUUUUAAAAGCGUUAACAGUGAGCUGGCAUUACGUUUGACCCGUUAGUAUUUUACAAAUUAGGCUGCAUUUCACUCCUUAACACACUGUUGUCAGCUUCACUUUUACCAUUUUCCCCUGUGUCAGCUUUUUUAAAGGGCCAUUCCAGUGUUUUAUCUCAAGUGAAGUUUGAUCAUUAAUACCCUGGAAUUUGAGGGAUCAUCACACAACGUCAGUGUAGACUUCAGCUCACUCAUUGUUCUUUUCAAAAAUCGCAAAUCAAACUAGUUCGAAAGAUAUAUCUGUAAAGGUCCUGCAAGACGCUCAUCAUGUGAUUAUGAUGAUCUCUGUAAGCUUGUUUCCAUCAUUUGAUUCAGUGUAAAAAAAAAACAAAAAAAAAAACAACGUUUAUUCAGGGCUGACUGGUGCUCUAGGAGUAGCAGUGUUCUUAUUCCAUGAUUUUAUAACCAGUAUUUCAGUGCCAAUUUUUAUUGUCGCAGUGGACCCUGGACAAUUUUGUUGCAUUUUGUUGAGCUUGUCAUUUGCUUCCUCAUGAGUAGCUGGUCUUAGCUUGAGCUUCCUGUUCAGAUGUCCUGACAAGCUUGCACCAUGUGCCUUCCAGAAACAUGCAGCGAAUGAAACUGUUUACAAGACCUUCAUUCACUCAGCAAUACCUUGUUAUUCUGUGCUCUCGCUGAUGAAUUUUAUCCCGCGUCGUGUGACACGGUGAACACCCCCCCCCACCCCCCCCCGCCCUGCUGCAGCCAAUUGAACAUCUUUUCACCUUACCCCAUAUUACAUUUCUUUUGCAAUGCUGCUGGUGAUUUAGUUACAUUAUUUUGAUGUAUGAAUUUUUUUUUUUGUCCAAAGUCUGACUCAUAUUCAUGAUGAUGGAACAGCCACGUCACGGGGCGAUUGUGUGCCUUAUACAACUCCUAUAGUCCUCAGGAUCAACUUUUUUUCAUUAUGUAUUCAUACAGUAAUAUUUGGUAUCAAAGACUGAUAGGAAUGAUGUGAGUAAGAUGACUAACGUAGAAACUGUGGGACAGCUAGCAAGUAUUGAUCAAGGUUUGUACUGUUGUGUGUUUUCUGAACAAAGCCAUAAAACGGGAUCUUGUUUUUUCUUAAGGGGCUAUCGAUCAACAUUUGCUCAGAGAAUUUAACUUCUCCAAUGUUGUAUAUGGACUUUUACCUUGAUUGGUUUUAUUUGAUUUACUAAAUGGUUGAUUUCAUUGUAAUGAUUCCAUGACCAACACUGAAAGGUGUGAUGGAUCACAUAUGUGAAAAUGAAUUUGUGGUGGAACUCAUGUGAUGUUUCAAACAGAAUUGAUUAAAUGUGCAAUGAGAAGUUUUAA